GCGCCGGGGCAAAGCGGGCAGCGGCUGCCGGCGAUCCAUCCCAACUCCCAUGCAAGCCAGGGGAGACAGCCGGCGAGUUCACCUCCUGGGCGAGCGCGCCUCUGCGAAGAUAUGGAAGAACAAGAUACAGAGGCUGCCGCUGGACUCUGACUCUUUCGCUGCCUGCUUCCUUUCCCUCCUGCCACUGUCUCGGCUUCCAGAUUUCUGUGGACUUCACCAUUUCCCGAAAACCUGCAACUGUGUGAAAAGGAAUACAGAUGAUGGCAUCAGGAGAGGUGACCAUCCAGCAAUACGGGAGAGACAUGUUCCCUUCAUUCCUCAGGUUGGCUUAGAAGAUGCCAAUGUCACCCUUGACGGUAGCAGCAAGAGCAGAGAACGCUGAAUCCGAGUCUCCAAAGAUCAAGAAGUGCAGGCAGCCUGGGAGGCUGUAGAGCAACGGAGAGAUGUGUAAUAGAAAAGGAAAACACACCCUCAGCUACUUUGCAGUAAUUAGGCUUAAGUGACAUUUGUCCAUCAGUUUCCUAACCACAGAAAUGAAUAACUCAACGAACGUAAGCAGUGUGGAGGAUGUGAUGGCCCUGGCGAGUCCUUAUAAAACUGUUGAGGUUGUCUUCAUCGUCCUGGUGGCUGGGUCCCUCAGCCUAGUGACCAUCAUUGGGAACAUCCUGGUGAUGGUGUCCAUCAAAGUCAACAGGCACCUGCAGACAGUCAACAAUUACUUCCUGUUCAGCUUGGCAUGUGCUGACUUGAUCAUUGGCGUCUUUUCCAUGAACCUGUACACACUUUACACUGUGAUCGGCUACUGGCCAUUAGGACCUGUGGUUUGUGACUUGUGGCUGGCUCUUGACUAUGUGGUCAGCAACGCCUCUGUCAUGAACCUCCUCAUUAUCAGUUUUGACCGAUUUUUUUGUGUCACCAAGCCCCUGUCAUAUCCUGUCAAACGGACCACUAAGAUGGCAGGUAUGAUGAUUGCAGCUGCUUGGGUGCUGUCUUUCAUCUUGUGGGCACCCGCAAUUCUCUUUUGGCAGUUCAUUGUCGGGGAAAGGACUGUCCCUGAUGGGGAAUGCUACAUUCAAUUCCUGUCCAAUGCAGCUGUCACCUUUGGCACUGCCAUUGCAGCUUUCUAUCUGCCCGUCAUCAUCAUGACUAUUCUUUACUGGCAAAUAUCUCGUGCCAGUAAGAGCAGGAUUAAAAAAGACAAAAAGGAGGGUGGGCAAAACCAGGAUCCAGUUUCUCCAAGUCUGGUCAAAGGUAAAAUAGUGAAACCAAACAAUAACAACAUCCCAACCAGUGAAGAUGGGAUAGAUCACAGUAAAAUCCAGAAUGGUAAAGCCACUGGGGAAUCAGUGACAGAAAAUUGUGUUCCUGCAGAGGAAAAGGAAAGCUCAAAUGACUCCACCUCUGUCAGUGCUGUAGCUUCCAAUGUGAAAGAGGACGAAGCCAUCAAAGAGGACACCAGGGUUUCUGUCUCCCAAGUCAAUGCCAAAGUGGAGAACUCUAAAUUGACAUGCAUUAGGAUACUCACCACAUCCCCGAAAGGUGACUGCAGUGGCUCCACCAACACCACCGUGGAGAUUGUAGGCACUGAUGGGCAAAAUGGAGAAGAGAAGCAAAAGGUUGUAGUGCGUAAGAUUGUCAAGAUGACUAAGCAGCCAGCCAAAAAGAAGACACCUCCAUCCAGGGAGAAAAAAGUGACCAGGACUAUCUUGGCUAUUCUCCUGGCCUUCAUCAUUACCUGGACACCAUACAAUGUCAUGGUACUAAUCAACAGCUUCUGUUCGUCGUGCAUCCCCAACACUGUAUGGACGAUUGGUUACUGGCUGUGCUAUAUCAACAGCACCAUCAACCCUGCCUGCUAUGCGCUCUGCAAUGCUACCUUCAAGAAAACCUUUAAGCACCUCCUUAUGUGUCAUUACAAGAACAUAGGAGCCACAAGGUAAAACAAUAAUAAUGGGGGGAGAGGAAAAAAAUGGGCAAGGAAGUUCCAAGUUUUAUUUUUUAAAAUAUCAAUGCCAUAGCACUUUAUGCUCUAGUGUGAAAUCAAGAAGGCUAGAGGACAUUCGGAGGGGCUGGGCGUGCGCUCCACCUCCGACAUCUGCACUUCAAAGACCACACCUUUUCUGUCAGUCAGUCAUUCAGAGUUAGGAAAGGGUAACUAGGCCUGUUGAGGAAAUGCAGCACUCCUUGCUUUUGAGUUGUCUCAUGCAGAAGGGCUUUCGAAUCCAAUCUCCUUUGGGCCCAGUCCCUGUCCCAGAGAAGGUCUCCUGCACAAAGACUGUUUGGGUUUGCUUUGCAAGAAGGGGAGCUGCACAAAAAGAGCUGGACGACAUCGUGAGGGGUUGUCAGUUCUCCUGGUGUAACAGUGGCUCAUUUGCUUGUGUGCAUGUUCACUUGAAAACGAGGGAGAAAAAACCAAAACCCUUCAACAAUAAAUAUCCAACAUGGAAAGUGUAAAUGACUGGAAAGGAAA